AUGUCGCGCCACUGCACGCCGUGGAUGGCAGCGGCCGUGCUAUGCCUGGUGACCAUGUCCGGUGCACCGUUCCUGCCGCGGUGCGAGGGGUGUAGGCAUGACGAGAGGACGGCGCUUCUGGACAUCCACAGCGAGCUCGAAUAUUUCAAUUGGGUAUAUUCGGACUGGAGUAGCACAGAUGAUUGCUGCCGGUGGGAGGGGGUGACCUGCAAUUCCCGCACGGGUCGUGUCACGGCGCUCGACAUAAGUAAACCUGAAUCUCGUAUUUAUUCAGGUUUACUUAACGCGACCAUGUUCCUUCCUCUGCAAGAGCUGCGGAAUCUGUCCCUGAGUAACCUUGGGAUUGAAGGAUGUGUACCUGGUACAGGCUUCGAUGAAUGGUCAAAAUUGCGCAACUUAAAGAUACUAGAUUUAUCGGACAAUCAAUUAAAUGACAGCAGCAUCCUGUCCUUAGUUGCAGUUUCAUCACUACGUUCUGUAUUCCUCAGUGGAAACGGCUUCGGCUACGAUCACUCCAAUCAAAUACUACGAAAACUGAGCGCAAUGAAGCUGAAUACCCUUGAUCUAAGCAGCAAUUUUAUCCACGACACAUUAUCAACAGAUAUUUGCAUUAUGGGAAAUAUUCAAGAGUUACAUCUCAGUGACAACAAUUUCGUUGGAGAGCUUCCGUCAUGCAUGCGAAAUCUAACUUCUCUAAGAAUUUUGGAUCUAUCCAAUAACAGGUUAACAGUAAAGUUCCCCUCUGUAAUCUUUGAAAGUCUCACAUCACUUGUGAAACUUUCCCUCGCCAAUAACCAUCUGCAAGGAGUUCUCUUACUGAGUUCCUUGCCAAGUCAUAAUCAAUUGACAGAUUUGAAGCUUGCAAGUUACGACGGUCAUUUUCAGGUGCAAACUGAGAAUCCAAUAACGAACAUGUCAUCUCGGCUUCAGGUUCUAGUACUGAGGAACUGCAACCUUAACGGAAAUUCCGCCAUUUUACCAAGUUUCUUAUUGAAUCAACAUGGGCUAAUACUCAUCGAUAUGUCUAAUAACAGCCUAAGUGGUCAUUUCCCUACAUGGUUAGUAGAGAACAAUGCCAACCUAGCGUACCUAAAUCUUGGAGGGAACUCCUUUGAAGGAUCUUUUCUUCCUUCUAAAGUACACAUCAAUUUGCUAUGGUUGGAUGCAUCUUGCAACGGGAUGAGAAAAUUACCUAUGGGAAUCAACACCACAUUACCAAAUCUACAGAAACUAAACUUGUCAGGGACUUCUUUGCAAGGUGUCUUUCCACUGGUCUUUGGCUUCAUGCAUAGUCUCGUAUCUUUAGACUUGUCCAACAACAAUUUACUAGACAACAUAGGGGCCGCCUUUGACGGAAGCAUGUCCAACAUCUCUACGUUGAUCCUCUCAGGAAACAUUUUCUAUGGUCCACUCCCUCAAGACAUUCAAUUGCCUUUCAUAAGUUAUCUGGUGCUAAAAGAUAAUAAAAUCAGUGGAGAGAUUCCCCAGAAUAUAUGUGGCAGUAUGCAACUUACCGUGUUUGAUGCUGGGAAUAACGAGUUGAGUGGCCCUCUCCCUACUUGCAUAGACUCACUCUCGGAACUUAACAUAUUGAAUUUAAGAGGGAACUCAUUGGUUGGAAUGAUUCCAUUCGGAUUAUGCAACCUCAAAUAUCUGUUGUUUUUAGAUAUAUCGAGGAACAAUCUGACUGGUCCAGUAUAUUGCUUACCGGAUGCGGCACAUGUUCAUAUAAGUGAAAAUCAAUUAAAUGGAACCUUUCCUGUCCCGUUGACAUUGGGAAAUAGCACUGCUACACAUACAAUGGAUCUACGAGAAAACCAAUUCAGUGGUCUCCUUCCGAAUCUGAUAGGCAUGUUUUUUCCACAACUUAAAGUAUUAUUAUUACAAGGCAAUAUGUUUGAAGGAACAGUUCCAAAUGACAUAUGCAAUUCGAGAUAUUUGCGCCUACUAGAUUUGUCUCACAAUAAACUAUCGGGGCAGCUACCUUUAUGCUUGAGCAGUAUGGGUUUAGAUGAUCAAAAUCUUCCGUUCGAUUAUGGUAUAUUCAACGGACAAGUUUCUGGAACAACUUUAGCUCAAUAUCGUAUAUUAUCUGCUCAAUAUUAUGCUGAGUAUUCGUGGGAACAAGACCAAGAGGAAUUCAUGACCAAGAGAAGACACAACUACUACAAAGGAGGAAUCCUCAACUACAUGUCUGGACUUGAUUUCUCUUCAAACGAGUUGAACGGAUCCAUUCCUGAAAGUCUAGGUAGCAUGAAAUGGUUACGGUCACUGAAUUUCUCCAACAAUUACCUAGAUGGAUCAAUACCGAAGUCCUUCUCGAAUUUGAGUAACCUCGAGAGCUUGGAUCUGUCACACAACAACUUGACAGGACAAAUGCCACAAGAGCUAGUAGCAUUACAGUCCCUUGCGGUAUUCUCAGUGGCAUACAACAACCUGUCCGGUCCGACACCAGGAACAAAGGGGCAGUUCAGCACAUUUGAUGAGAGCAGCUUUGAAGGCAAUCCAUAUCUUUGUGGUCCGCCAUUCCUGGAGAGUUGCUCUAGGGCACGGUCGAUUUCUGAAGGACAUAAUGAUGAUGGAGUUGACAAUAUCAUAAUGUUUGGCUGUUCAACGUUGUUCUACUUGGUUGGUUUCUGGACCUCCUUGGGUCUGCUUUACUUCAAGAGAAGCUGGCGCUGGUCAUGGUUUCUAGCUGUGGAUAGGUUUGGUGACUUUGUAAUGGUUACGUUGGCUAUGUUCAAGGGAAGCAACAGAGUAUUACAAGAUGCUUAG